AUGGCUGAAGAGGAUGACAAGGGGUACAGAUGGGAGACCGAAUAUGAGAAGACCUGGGAAGAGUUGCAUGAAGAUGAAUCUGGCUCACUACAGGCCACAGUUAGUGAUCUCCUUCACCGAGCCAAGCGUAAACAGUUUAUGGAGCGUGUCACUAAUGUUCGGCUGGGAAUGAUGCGGCACCUGCUGAUAGUGAUAGAUGCGUCUUCAGCCAUGUCAGACCAAGAUCUCAAGCCCACGAGGCUGGUGGCCACUCUUAAGCUGCUGGAAAUGUUUGUGGAUGAGUACUUUGACCAGAACCCCAUAAGCCAGAUUGGCUUUCUGAUGUCUCGCAACAAAAAAGCUGAUAAAAUUACAGAACUUGGAGGUAAUCCAAGACGACAUAUCAAAGCCCUUCAAGAUUUGGCAACCCAAGCUUGCCAGGGAGAAUUCUCACUACAGAACUCUCUAGAACUGGCCCUGUCUGCUCUCAGAAACAUGCCGAGUCACGCCAGUCGAGAGCUGUUAGUGAUCAUGGGAAGUUUGACCACCUGUGACCCUGGAGAUGUGCGAGAGACGAUCCAGGCCAUGGCGGAGGCCAACAUCAGAUGCAGUGUCAUAGGCCUCUCGGCCGAGGUGCGGGUCUGCAAGCGGCUCUGUCAACUGACGGGAGGCAUAUACAAUGUCAUUCUUGAUGAGCCGCACUACAAAGAUCUGCUUGGCCAACACAUGACCCCUCCACCAGCAUCGAAUAGUACAGAAUCGUCUCUCAUUAAAAUGGGUUUUCCUCACCAUUCAUUAGGCGGGGAGAAGGGUAAAGGAGAAAAGCCCUCCAUGUGUAUGUGCCAUCUUGACAGCAAAUCGUCACAAGGCUUUAGCACUAGCGGCUACUUCUGUCCCCAGUGCAAGAGCAAGUAUUGUGAGUUGCCCAUCGAGUGUAAAGCUUGUGGUCUGACUCUGGUCUCAGCGCCUCAUCUAGCCAGAUCUUAUCAUCACCUCUUUCCACCAGGCUCGUAUAAAGAGUUUCUGUCUUCAGACGUUGUCACAGAUGGUCCAUUAUGCUGUUAUGCCUGUCAGGUGGAAAUACUGGAUCCACAUGUGUACGUGUGUGAAAAAUGUGAACAGAACUUCUGCCUUGACUGUGAUCUGUUCGUCCAUGAGACUCUACACUCGUGCCCAGGCUGUGCCAGCUUUCGAAAUCUACAGACCAUCCAGGCAAUGAGUUUAUCCUAG